AAAAUUGAAAGAAUCAUGAGCGAAAUUAAGAAGAAAGAAAUUGAUUUCAUCUCAGACACCAACGAAAAAUACGCUGUGAUGGAGUACGAACUGGAAGAGAAAUUAAAGUUGCUUAUAUUUUAUUUCUUCAUAUCAAUGGACAAAAUUCCUCUGCAAUUCCUAGCAAGCAUUGAGAAUAACACUGAAAGGCCCAAUAUUUUCAGCGGUUGUAAUAUCGAGAACGAUUUACCGUUAAUUAUGUCUGCAAUCGAACAGAAUCUCAGUCUUAAGGAGGAAAAAACCGACAUUUGUUUGCCAACCGAAGAUGAUGAUUCGGAUGAUGAGGACGAGGAGACCCCCGGAUGCAGCUCAUCGCCUUGUAAUCGGGUGCAACGACGUAGAUCGUCUCGCACCAAAUCCCUGGACAGUAAGCUACACAAGAUCAAACGUCGUACAAUCACAAAACCGACCAGAAUACAAAUCAAUCUAAACGCAUCGGAGAAUGAAAUCCGUAACUACUAUAUGAUUAACAGCAAAAAAAUUGACAUGAAACCGUCUAAUCUAGAGACGAUUUUUGAGGAAGGAUCUCCUGCAGUAGAUAAGUGCAAAUUCUUCGGAAUGCGAAAAUUGCGACGCAGCUUGAACUGCUUCGACGGAUGCAACGUAAAUAAAGCAACGACAAAGGCUAGGAAGACUCGAGUGCGCAAACUGCUUGGCAGUGCUCCUAAGCUGGAACGCAUGACAAUGGAUACAUUCCUAGAGCGACUAAAGUCGCUGCAAAAUGAAAGUGAUGAGGACACAACUCCAACUGUAUAGAAUCAAACUAAGCUAAAUCAAGUAGGACGUAAUUGUCACCGUUGCAGUAAUUAUUUUAUCGGGAAAAAGAUCUCGAAGUAUGUCGACUGAAUUGAAAACAAACUACAAAUUGUCCAACACACUUUUCACUUUUUAUGUACGAGUGUGGGGGUUAAGUAUAAGAAUAAUAAAAGUUUACCGUAGUAAAUGCAA